AUGGCGAAGAUGAGAGCUGAUGCUCCGGUGAUGCCUCCGGAGACUCUUCCUCGGAGUAGUGAGGUGGGAGAGAUUGACACACGUGCUCCCUUCCAAUCCGUUAGAGACGCCGUUAGUUUAUUCCGUCAAGUUAGCUUCUCAAAGCAACAACAGCAGCAGCAGCGUCUCUCCUCCUCCACCUCGUCCUCUCAGGAUGCACCGGAUGUGUCUGAGAAGGAGACGCAGCUUCUGUUAGCAGAACAAGAAAUGGAAAGAGUCCAGUUAUGUCUUGAUUCCUCCGUCAAAGCCAAAGCACGAGCUCUCUCUGAUCUCGACUCUGCUCAGCGAAAGGCCUCAGAUUUGAGGGCUAAACUAGAAGCCACCAAACAAUCCAGAAAAUCUGCAAUCCUGACCAAACACACAAUGACUCAACGGUUAGAGCAGCUUCAAUCUGAAAACCAAGAAACAGAGAGCGUAAGAGAGGAUUACAUUUUAGCCACGGCAGAGCUGUUCAUGGCGAAGCGGGAGCUAAAGGAAAUAAAACAAGAAUUCAGCAUUUCCGUGGAAGAAAGAUUAGCUGAGCUUCAAAAAGCAGAGGAGGCAGAGUGUUCAUCAAUGGUUAACUCCAAAAAGAUUAAAGAUAUGUCAGAGGAGAUAGCAGAGAUGCGUGACACUAUUUUGAGAUUGAAGUCUGAUGCUUAUAAGAAAAAGGAGGGAGAGGUAAAGCUUAACGAGGAGAGCAUGGCCGCGAGGGAAACUUACGCAGAAAGGAAGCGAGAAGCUGAGCAGAGGCUGGAGAAUCUGAGGCAAGAUUGUGAUCCUGAACUGAGGAAAGAUAUAGAUGAGCUGGCAGAGAUAUCUGCAGGGAACGAGCGUUUACAAGAGGAGAUUAAACUUGCUCGGGAACUCAAAGAGGCCAAGAGUGCGAUGCAAGAGAUUUGUGAUGAAGAGAGAUCAUACAAGAGCUUGGUGGGAUCACUCACGGUGGAGUUAGAUGGAGUGCAGAGAGAGAACAGAAAUCUUAAGGAAAACGAAAAGGAGAGACAAGAAGUUGAAGAAGGAGAAUGGGUUGAAGCUAGCCGUAAGGUCGAUGAGAUCAUGCGUGAAGCAGAGAAAACAAGACAAGAAGCGGAGGAGAUGAGGAUGCACGUGGACGAACUCAGGAGAGAAGCAGCAGCCACACAUAUGUCGAUGGGGGAAGCAGUGAAACAGCUGGAGAUAGUUGGAAAAGCUGUGAAGAAAGCGAAAACCGCAGAGAAGAGAGCUGUGGAAGACAUGAGAGUACUUACUGAUAAGAAGGAGAGUUUGACGCAUGAUGAGCCUGACAAGAAGAUACGGAUAUCGUUGAAAGAGUACGAGGAGUUGAGAGGGAGGCAUGAAGAGUCAGAGAGAAUGGUACAGUACAAAGCGAAAACGGUUGCUGCUCAGCUGGAAGAGAUCAAUGCGAGCAGAGUGGAAGGGGAGAGAAUGUUGGAGGAGAAGUUGAAAGAGAUGGAAGAGGUAAAUGAUGCGAUUGAUGCUGCGUUGAGAAAUGCAGAGAUCGCAGAGGAAGCACACUGCAUCGUCGAUGCUGAACUUAGAAAGUGGAAACCAGAAGAAUUGUAG